AUGUUUUUAUUGCCAGAGGUUGCCAAAAGGGGAUUGUCGAAGAUAAGUGAACAAGAUUCAAAGCAACCUACCACAGUGACAACCUCACAGGGUCUGGUGCCAGGUGGAGACAACCUCCUACUUCCAUGGUAUUGGUCGUGUCAACCUCUGGGCUCCCCUCAAUAUACUGCUCCCAUGACAGGUCAUAUGCGGUCAGAUGUUUCUCCAUUCCGGAUACAGUUCGGGCACCAUUUCUUGAAACUAUUAGUAGCUAAUGACUUCUCAACUUUGCCUGAGGCCCAUGCAUGUACUGCAUGGUUGAAGUCCUUGACAACUACUACUAUAGUUGAUGGAAUUGAAGAAUGUAGAAAACUAUGUGGUGGGCAUGAAGAAUCAGAAAAUGAGGAAGAAGAGAAGGGUAGAAUGGUAAUUCAUGCCAUAGAAAGGGCAAUGGUGUUAGGAUACUAUCUUAAAAAAGUGUGGUUUAAUCCUGGAGUUGGUGAUAUUUUAAUGGGGUUUUCACUGUGGAAAGCACAUUGCUGCAAUCUGUCCUUAUCUUAUAAAUAUCAUACAAGGUCAUCAGAUUGUCCAAAAAUCAUGAAGUCUAGUUUUCUGGAAAGACUGGUCCAUGCAGCCCACUGUUUGCAUCAAUCAACUUCGAAAAUUCAUAAUAAAUUCAUAAAGACUACAAAUGCCAUGAGUGAAAAUGAUCCAACAUUCCAUUUGACGUGUUUGCAGAUCUUGAAGCAAGUAAAUAUCAAGAGCGCCAAGGACCGCCGAAGACCGCCUAGACCGAGUAUGACCAAUUUCCGUCAAACACCCCUAAUCGGAAUUCGUGCAAGAUUAGUUUCCAAAGAUUAUGCGCCCAAGCUAUCAUGGCAACCUUCAACACUAGUUUUGGAUCGACACCUUCUAGCAGAAGAUAUCGUGUACGUGUUCUUGUGCCGCUAUUGUGGAUUCGGGAACAUCCUUGCUUACUGGUCCAACUGUAUGUAUCUCACGUGA